AUGGCACAAGCUGGAAAUGUCUUAGAGAGGGACCAGUUCAUUUGUUCAAUCUGUUUGGAUCUGCUGAAGGAUCCAGUGACUAUUCCCUGUGGGCACAGUUACUGUAUGGACUGUAUUAAGGACUUCUGGGAUCAGAAUGAUCAUUUUGGAGUCUACAGCUGUCCUCAGUGUAGACAAACCUUCAGCCCCAGACCUGUUUUGGGCAGAAACACCAUCCUGGCUGAAGUGGUGGAGAAAUUGAAGACACAACUCCAGGCUGCUCCUCCUGACCACAGUGUUACUGGACCUGUAGAUGUGGACUGUGAUGUGUGCACUGAGACAAAGAACAAAGCUAUUAAGUCCUGUCUCACAUACCUUGCGUCGUACUGCGAAAAUCAUCUGAAACUUCACAAUGAACUCAAUCCAGGAAACAGACACGAACUGUCUGAUGCCACAAGAAAACUGCAAGACAAGAUGUGCUCCCAUCAUGAGAAACUGCUGGAGUUUUACUGUCGUACUGAUCAGCAGUGUAUCUGUUAUCUGUGUGCUAUGGAUCAACACAGAGGACAUGAUACAGUGCCAGUUGCUGCAGGAAGGAUUGAGAAACAGGUCCACAUAGAGGACAUACAGAGGAAGUUACAGCAAAAGAUCCAGCAGAGCGAGAAGAAGGUGCAGGAGUUGAGACAGGCUGUGGACUCACUCACACACUCUGCACAGGCAGCAAUGGAGGACACUGAGAGCAUCUUCACCCAGUUGAUCCGCUCCCUUGAGAAAAGGUGCACUGAAACCAUCGAUGUGAUCAGAGCUCAGGAGAGUGCUGCAGUAUGUCAGGCUGUAGGUCUCCUGGAGCAACUGGAGAAAGAGAUUGCUGAGCUGAAAAGAAGAGACUCUGAGAUGGAGCAGCUUUCACACACAGAGGAUCCCAUCUUUUUCCUACUGGACUGUCAGUCUGUCUGUGCCCCACUUGGAACAGGAGACAUCCCCAGCAUCACUGUCAAUCCAUUUUACUCUUUUGAGAAAUUGAAGAAAGAUCUUUCGGAUCUAAAAGCUCACCUGGAACAAUCAUGCAAGAAUAAAUUGGGAGAAAUCUCCCAAGCAGUUAAAGAAAUCCAUAUUAUGCCGGUGAGAAGGACAAAUACAGAAAGACUUACGCCUUCCGGAUCAGUAGAUUUCAGCGAGGGACAAUCACCGACAGUCUCACACAUACAGAGACCCAUGGAAGACCUACAGGUUUCCAAUCGCGCAAUAUCAACUGCAGCCUAUCAACUAGCCAGAGUGGAUUUUCCACCCAAUCCACUCAGUGCCCAGCUGAACAGUCGGCGCAGAGCGCGUCGCAGGUUCUGGGAAGCAGAUUAGAGACAUAAUCCUGGCUUCUGACAGCAAACCCAAAGAUGGUGAAUGAACAGCUCUGUCUGUGUGAGAAAGCACAGCGAUCAUCUGUGAGCGAACUGUGAAUCCAUAUGCUCAUCAGCAAUGGACUUCUGACUACUGGAACCAAGUUCUGUGUAGAAAGGGUCUGUCUGGAUAUUGUUACCAGGAGGUUCAGUGGAAAUAAAGCUGUUUACAUAGCAGUGGUGUGUAAAGGGAUCAACAAGAAAAGAUUGGAGACAGUUAUCUUAGACACAAUAACAUUUCGUAGUCACUGUUUAUGUCACAAUAAAGUAAAGACUCCAGUAUCUGGUCCCAGUUCCUCCAGGACAGGAGUUUACCUGGAUCACAGGGCAGGAACUCUCUCCUUCUACAGUGUCUCUGACACAAUGACCCUCCACCACAGAGUCCAGACCACCUUCACUGAACCCCUCCAUCCUGGGUUUUACAUUUAUCUCUCAUCUAAAGUUAAACUGACUUCUCUGAAAGAAGAUGAAAAGCAAUUUAUCUAAAGAAGCAAUAUUUUCUGUGUGAUUGUACUGUUUUCUUGAAUUUUUUCUGAUUUAACUGCAUAUUAAGCAUACAUAGACUUUGCUCAGGGAUGCCUGCAGUGAUAUUUACCAAACUAACCUACAGUUAGCACUUUAAAGAUUAGGACAAGUGUAAUCUUCAUAUUAUCAGCCACCAAGAGACAUGCAAGCAUGCAGAUGAAAAUCAUGGUUCUUUAAUAAACAAUUGGUGUGCAAUGACCAAUUCCACGUUCCUUUCGAGGAAAUCAUUUGCGUAAUAGAAACACAGGAAUGGAGGAGUACAGGAAUAUUAUCAGGUGAAACACAUGGACAUUGUUGGGAUAGUGAUUAGAUCCAAAGGUUGCAGAUUCUCUCUCCACCUCUGGUUGCAGUACGCUUCGGCAAAGUACUUACAUUAAAAUUACCCAGCUCUAUAAAUGGGUAAAUAAUUGUGAGCUUGCAAAAUC